AUGGAGCUGGACCUCGCGUACAACAGGAUCGAGACCGUUUCCGAGGCCAUCGGUGAGCUAGCACAUCUCAGAAAGUUGGACUUGCAGUACAAUUCGAUUCGUACGAUCAGCGAGGACAUCGCGUACGCGAGAUCCAUCGAGAAGCUCAAGCUCGCGGGCAAUCAGCUUCUAGAUCUCCCGGCAGGCGUCGGGCGCAAAAGGCGCUACGAUGACACCCCCGUGGCUAACCCGCUCCAGGGCCUCUGGCUCGAGGUCAAUUCCGUCUCCGAGCUCCCUCCGAGUCUCCUAAACGCCUCCGAGCUCGAAGAAGUUCACCUCUACGCGAACAAGUGCUACGACGGGGAGACGCCGGAUCUCCCCGAGGCCUUCGACGGCCUGGUUGGAGCCGGGGUCGUCACGUGCUGUCUCGAGGAAUUGGCGGGCGGCGACGGACGCGACGAAAAGGGGUGCUUGAUGAACCCGUCGAGCCAACCGACGUCGUCGGCGGCGCCGACGUCCACACGAGCGCCCACUUUGGUACCGACUCCGUACGUGCCUCCCGCGCCGACCGUCGCGUGCGUGGACGAUCCCGAUGCCACGUGGUUCGGCUUUGGAUGCGCGGACAUGGACUUCAUCUUGGCGACGGGCGGGCACGACACCUGCGAAGACGCCAAAAACGGCCAGUUCGCCGGCGUCGUGGAUGUGGAUGAGGUCAUCGCCACCUGCCCCGUCACGUGCGAUAGCUGCCGGGAAAAUCAGCCGGUCGUUUGA